CAGCUGAGGCCCCGCCCCCGCCGCCUGGUGCGCGGCCCUCGCGGCUCGACCCCAUGAAGGGGUUCGGGUUGCCGUGGUCCCCGGCGGUGGUGCUGCUGCUCCUGCGGCCGCUGCUCGCUUCCGGAGACUCGGCGUCCCGCCCGCAGGCCCGAGCCAUGAACCCGGGCGGCGGCGGCGGCGCACGGGGCUCCCGGGAGGUCAGCCACCGUUUGCAGCGCUCCACCGUGCCGGGCUCCGACCCGCAGCGCUGCAACGAACUGCUCCUGCUGAUGGACGGGGAGGGAGCCGCCCCGGGGCCGCGGCACCACGUCCUCUAUUUCCCCGGGGAUGUGCAGAAUUACCAUGAAAUUAUGACCCGACAUCCUGAGAAUUACCAAUGGGAAAAUUGGAGUCUAGAAAAUGUUGCCACCAUUUUAGCCCGCCGUUUUCCCAAUAGUUAUAUUUGGGUAAUAAAGUGUUCCCGAAUGCAUUUGCACAAAUUCAGCUGCUAUGACAAUUUUGUGAAAAGCAACAUGUUUGGUGCACCAGAACACAAUCCAGACUUUGGAGCCUUUAAGCACUUGUAUAUGUUAUUAGUUAAUGCUUUCAAAUUAAGUCAGAAUGGUUUGCUGUCCAAGAACAGUAGUGUUUGGAAUAAGGAUUGUAAAGCAUCUAACUGUCAGUCUAAUUCUACUCCCACUAAUGGUGGCCCGGAGGAAAAAGAGAGGACCUGUGACAACGCUGAGGACUCUGCCGUGAGGCUUGCUCCACUGUCCUUGAAUGGCGCAUCCUUUACUUUGAUUGGGUUCAGCAAAGGCUGCGUUGUUUUGAAUCAGUUACUGUUUGAGUUGAAGGAGGCCAAGAAGGACAAGAAUGUAGAUGCCUUCAUCAGAAGCAUACGAGCGAUGUACUGGCUGGAUGGAGGGCAUUCUGGAGGAAGCAAUACCUGGGUCACGUAUCCAGACGUCUUGAAAGAAUUUGCUCAAACAGGGAUUACUGUUUACACUCAUGUAACACCUUAUCAAGUACACGAUCCAAUGAGAUCCUGGAUUGGGAAGGAGCACAGGAAGUUUGUUCAGAUCCUCGGGGAUUUGGGUGUGCAGGUGACUAGCCAAAUCCAUUUUGCAAAGGAAACUCCUUCCAUAGAGAAUCACUUCAGGGUUCAUGAAGUGUUCCGAGACUACGAGUGUGCUCCUUAGCGGAAGAACUAAGUACUUAGAGUGUUAUAAAUACCGAAUACCGACGACGAGAUGCUAGAUUAAUUAGAUACAUUGUCUGUUGGUGGGCUAAGAAAAUGCACAUUCCAAAACUGUGAAUGUCAAAUACAGUAAGAUUCCUUGCUUGUAAAUGUGGACAGUUUUAAAUUUUGAUCGGACUAGAAUUAAUUUAAAAUCUAAAAAUGUAGUUUGUGAUCAUUCUAUGACCUUUAAAAUGAAAGACACUUGAUGUUAGGGGUUUUUUGUUUU